AUGUGGCGAACGUACGUGGGCCCCGAGCACGAGCUUGGUGAAUGGCUGGGACAAUGCCCCGAGGAGAUGGUCUGGUGCUUCCACCCGGACUUCCGGCUGAUGCGAGCGCUGUGGUUGAACGCCUGCUUCACCUUGCCAGAGGCCCGCUCGCCCAUCACGCAGUGCCCGAACCCGGUGUCCAGGUACUGCCUGGACCUGACCAAGGCGCAGCCAUGGCUGAGAAGCAAGAAGGUUCGCAGGCACAAGAAUGACUUCCGUCUGACCGUCAACGCCGAUUACCAGUCGAGCUUCCAGAUUUGUCAAGGGGUGCACAGGGAGAUGCAUGGAGGUACCUGGAUCACUCCAGGGCUCAUCCAGAGCUUGGACCAGUGCCGCCGGGAGGACUCGCAGGUCAAGGUCUACUCCGUCGAACUUUGGGAGAAGAGUUCUGGGCGCCUGGCGGCGGUGAUCAUGGCGCUGAGUGUCGGCGACAUCUUCCAUGACUACACCACUGUGACUCUUGUCAGAGACAGCCGCUCCCCUGGCGCAAUCCUCACGAAGGUCCUGGGCCACUUGCUGACGGAGGCGGGGUACACGCUCUGGUACUGGGGCUUCAAGAACCCCUACAUGGCCGAGUACGACGGAAGCUACGGUGGGGUCUCGCUGGACAACGCCCAGGACCCUCUGCAGAGUUGA